CUUGACAUGAAUGACAUUCCAAAAAUUCUAACCUCGCUUGCUUGCUCGACUAGUUGUUGAAUUGAAAGUUGUAAAACUAUUUUUAAAAUGUCCACAAUAAUAGUGAGUGACGAACAAGAACUAGUUAACAAACUAGCUUCUCAUAUAGAAACGAUAGCUAAUGAUGCUAUCGAGAACCGCGGAAAGUUUUUUGUCGGAUUUUCUGGAGGUUCUGUAUUGAACAACCUCUGCGAGUGUCUGCAGACCGUAGACACAGAAUGGUCCAAGUGGGUGGUAGCAUUCUGUGAUGAGCGUGUGGUGCCAGAGAACAGUGAGGACUCCACCUUCGGCACAUACAAGAGGGAGCUCAUACCCAAGACCAAACUGGUGGAGAAGCAAUUCAUUAAGAUUAAACAGGGAGUGUCAGCUGAGGAAGCCGCUAAAGAUUACACUGAACAGCUGACUAAAGCAUUCGGCAGCGAGGACUUUGUGUUUGACCUGCUCUUACUUGGCAUGGGCCCGGACGGCCACACCUGCUCGCUGUUCCCCGGCCACCCGCUGCUGAACGAGACCAGUUUGAAAGUGGCUUCCCUCACCGAUUCACCCAAGUUCCCACCAGAGAGGAUCACGCUAACAUUCCCUACUAUUAACAAAGCUAGGAACUGUAUGUUCGCUAUCUGUGGUUCUAGCAAGGCUGAGAUGAUUCAACGUAUCCUGAAGGAUAAUGACGACGACGUCCCGGCGCGCCGCGUGAAGCCGCACAGUGGCUCUCUCUACUGGAUCCUGGACAAACACUCCGCUAAGAACCUCUAAUUCCUACUAACUUAGAGCCGACUAAUAUCGACUAACUACAUUUUUAUGCUAACACUGUAGCAUCGAAAGAAAAAUAUAUUUUUUAAAACAUAGUCGUUAUACUAACAAUGCAUUUAUUACGUAAACAGACAAAAUGCGAGAAUUUAUUUAGCUGGGUUUGUCAGUUGUCGGGAUCCGUCUAUGUAAGAACUAGCUUAUGAUUUGAUAAGUGAAAUGAAAUAUAAUAUUUUGGCAGUAUUGCCUCGUUGUUAUGUUACAUUCCUGUAUAUUGCGUAUAAUAAAUGUUUGUCUGGGCACUAA